GGAUUCGAUGGCGCUGAAAGCAUUGUCAUUUAAAGUUAUUUAAAGUUCUUGCGCAACAAGUUUUACACUGUCAACCUGUUUGAAUUGAAUAGAAUGGAAUUUGCAAUGGAAGAGAACACUUUUAUAAAAUUAUUGAAUACUUCAGACUAAUUGUUCAGCCUACAUUUACAUUAAGUAACCUGGUUACAUUUACUAAUAUAAUUGGAUUCCGUCCUGGUUUCCGACUAUUUGUGUUAUGCCGGAUGUUGGAGUCGGUUUGGUUUGAAGUCGUUUUCGCCAAACUCAUUUCCUGGUUGUUGGAACUAUAAAAAGACGUGUGGAAUCCAUUUAUUGUUCUCGGUAUUCGGUGAACUGUCGGUUGAAUCUCUGUCGAACGAAAUUUCGGGAUACAGAGAACGGAGUGCCACCAUUGGGUGAGCCUUCUGCCCUCAGCCCUGGCCCCCCGUGCACCAGCACAGUUUCACACAUGGACAUUCAGGGGUACCGGUACGUGCGCUGGCGCACGUGGCUGUAUUACGCGGCCGCCGUUCUCUCCUUGGGCCUGCUGCUGCUCCUGUUCCACUGGCGUCCUCGUCUCCGCGUGCUGGCUCGCUGUCGAUCCUGUCCGCUGGGCCUGGCCGACAUCCUGCUCAUAAGGGACAGCUGUGGUCAGCAGUAUGCUAUAGAAGUGCUGACAGAGCAGCUUGAGGAGGGCAGUUUGGAGCAGCCGGGAACGGAUAUUGAAGAGAACGAGGGGAGAGAUACCAUCCAGCUGUACAAAGAUGAGAAAGCACUUCUACGCUACUAUGUGUUUGAGGGGCUUCGCUACGUGUGGAUGUCGAGGAAGGGUGCCUUCUGCCCGGUCAGCACCCUGAAUGAACACUGGACAUGUGAUGACCUGUACCGGCAACAAAGAGGGCUGAGUCCCCAGGAACAAAGUGCUAGGCGGAAUGUGUACGGGCAGAACGUGAUCGAUGUUCCGGUGAAGUCCUAUUGGCGUCUGCUGUUUGAGGAGGUACUCAACCCAUUCUACGUGUUCCAGGUGCUCAGCAUCAUCUUGUGGUUGUUGGAUAGGUACUACUACUACGCGGGCUGCAUCUUCCUCAUCUCCGCCAUCUCCAUCGCCAUCUCUCUCUAUGAGAUCCACAAGCAAAGCGUCACGCUGCACAACAUGGCGCAGCUGAUCGUGAGCGUGAGGCUGAGGAGAGACACAGGGGCCGAGGACAUGGUGAGCUCCACGGAGCUGGUCCCCGGGGACUGCAUCCUGAUCCCUGAGGAGGGGCUGCUGCUGCCCUGCGACGCCGCCCUGCUGGCCGGGGAGUGCAUGGUCAACGAGAGCAUGCUGACCGGUGAGAGCAUUCCUGUGAUGAAAACCUGUCUGCCGACCGGGAGCGCCCGCUACAGCCCCGAAGGUCAGGGCAGACACACCCUCUUCUGCGGCACCCACGUCAUCCAGGCCAAGAGGGGGCAGCAGGGAGCCACGGAGGCACUCGCUGUCGUCACACGCACAGGUUUCUUCACAGCGAAAGGAGACCUAAUCAGCUCCAUCCUCUAUCCGCAGCCCCUCAACUUCCGCUUCUAUCAAGAUGCCAUAAAAUUCCUGCUAAUCCUGGGGGCUGUAGCAUUAAUUGGCACUAUAUACAGCAUUUCAGUCCUGAUGAGGAGUGCGACCACGAUGAAGGAACUGGUAAUCCGAUCCCUGGACAUCAUAACGAUAGUGGUCCCGCCCGCCCUCCCUGCUGCCAUAACGACGGGCACCAUCUAUGCCCAGCGCCGGCUGAAGAAAGAUGGCAUCUUCUGCAUCAGCCCACCGCGCAUCAACAUCUGCGGAAAAAUCUCCCUCUUCUGCUUUGACAAGACAGGCACUCUGACGGAGGAGGGGCUGGACGUGUGGGGGGUCAUGGAGGGGAGUGGAGCAGGGUUUGGGGAGCUUGUGCCCGACCCCCGGCUGUUGCCCCCAGGCCAGCUGCUCUCUGCCCUGGCCUGCUGCCACUCUGUGGCCCUUCUGAGGCAGCAGCUCCUGGGUGAUCCUCUGGAGCUCAAGAUGAUCGAGUCCACCGGCUGGGUGCUGGAGGAACCAGGUGUGGAAGGGGAGUUUGGGAGUGCCCAGGUCCUGGCAGUAAUGAGGCCGCCUUCACCAGAGCUCCAGCCUCAGGGCGUGUCCAUCCGUGAGCCUGUGGCCAUCGUGCGACGCUUUCCGUUCUCCUCCGCGCUUCAGAGGAUGUGUGUGGUCACCGUGGCGCCUGGGGGCCGCAGCGCAUGCGUCUUCCUGAAGGGGGCGCCAGAGAUGGUGGCCAGCCUCUGCCUGAGAGAGAGUGUGCCUGCUCAGUUCUCAGAAACACUGCGUCAGUUUGCGAGCGAGGGAUUCAGGGUACUCGCCCUGGCCUACAAACCACUCGACGGACAGACGGACAUAAACACUAUGGAGAGGGGGGCACUAGAGAGUGAGCUGCAGCUCCUGGGCCUCCUUGUGAUGAGGAAUCUGGUGAAGCCGGAGAGUGCUGAUGUCAUCAGCACACUGAGACAGGCACAGAUCCGCACCGUCAUGGUCACGGGUGACAACAUCCUCACAGCGGUGAAUGUGGCCAGAAGUUGUGAGAUGGUGAGGAAGGACGAACAGGUGCUUUUUGUACAUGCGGCGCCCCCUACUGGCCACGCGCCACCAUUACUGCAGUUUCACCGGGCAGGGGCAGACGGGGAUGAUGAUGCCCUUACACAGAGUCUGUACCAGAGCAGUAACUACUACCACCUGGCUAUCAACGGGCAGUCCUUCUCCGCCCUGUGUGAGCACUUCCCAGAGUACCUGCCCAAGGUCCUGAUGAGGGGCACAGUGUACGCUCGCAUGGCUCCGGAUCAGAAGACUCAGCUGGUGAAAGAGCUGCAGAAACUCAAUUACCGUGUGGGGAUGUGUGGAGACGGAGCCAAUGACUGUGGAGCCCUCAGAGCAGCUGACGCGGGCGUGUCCCUAUCGGAGGCAGAGGCGUCCGUGGCUUCGCCCUUCACCUCAAAGUCUGAUAACAUCAGCUGCGUGCCUCUGCUGAUUCGGGAAGGGAGGUGUUCCCUGGUGACAUCAUUCAGUCUGUUCAAGUACAUGGCCCUGUACAGUCUGAUCCAGUUCUCCUCUGUGCUCAUCCUCUAUACCGUAAAGACGAACCUGAGCGACCUGCAGUUCCUGUUCUUCGACCUGGUGCUGGUGACCAUGCUGGCCAUCGUGAUGGGGAGGGGGGGGCCCAGUAAGGUGCUGCACCCCCAGCGGCCCCCCAGUAGCCUGUUCUCCAUGGCCGUCCUGGCCAGCCUCCUGCUCCACACAAGCCUGCUCAUCCUGGGUCAGGUGGCUGCCCUUCUGGUCACAGAGGCACAGGACUGGUUUGUGCCUCUCAAUUCCACGCUGGCAGGAGCGGACAACUUGCCUAAUUUGGAGGACACGGGAGUGUUUGCCGUUUCAGGAUUCCAGUACAUAAUCAUGGCCGUAGUCAUGACCAAAGGCCACCCUUUCAAAAAGCACUUCUGCAGCAACGUGGUGUUUGUCUGCGUGCUGCUGGUCCUGUCCGGUCUGAUGUGCUGGUUGGUGCUGUACCCGGCACCCUUCAUACGCAGAGUGCUGCUGCUGUGCGACGUCUCCGACAUGAACUACAAACUGCUGCUGGUGGCGCUGGCUGCACUCAACCUCUUCACCUGUUACCUGCUGGAGGUGCUGAUUGACAAUGGAAUGUUGAACUGCCUUCGGAAACUGAAAGGGCAACGCCAAUCGAAGAAGCAGUACAAGCGUCUGGAUGCCUUCCUCAGUGACAGCCCCAAUUGGCCUCCACUGGACCAACCACUGCCUUCCGAACACAGCACUGUUUGGCCUUCGGUGACAUCGAAGGGACAAUCUCUCCUCUAGAGUAUUAUGAGUGCCACAUCUCUGUCAAGAGCCAGUUGCCAGGCAUAUGGUUGCCUAUAUUUCGGUCAAUUAGGAGCCUCAUUGCCACAAUAGCAUAUCACGUGAAGACAAUUUUUUUUUAAUUUAUGAGUUUUACUUUUGGAAUACCACUGGGGAAAAAAACGAAACAAUUUGAA